AUGCUCAGUUAUGGUUUUGUGAAAGUGUAUGUUAUGGUUAAAGUUAUGGCAAUGAACAGCAUUAAAUCUUUGAGAGGUAUCAUGAUUACUGAGGCAAUGGGGAUGGUGGACAGACGAACAUUUUCUGCUGCGGCAAAAAAGAAAGGGGGCAAAGGGGGAGCACCAGCUGAUGCUCCAAAAGUAUCAUCGCUGAGCAAAGAAGUCAAGUCUACAACUACGGUUGGUGGCAAUAUUCUCAAGGAUGGAACAGAUCCCAAGGUCUUGGCUGAUUCUGAAUACCCUGAUUGGCUGUGGCAUUUGCUUGAUAAACGUCCUGCAUUGAGUGAACUGAGAAGGAAGAAUAUUGAAACUCUCCCUUUUGAAGAUCUCAAACGCUUUGUCAAGUUGGACAACCGGGCAAGAAUCAAGGAAAAUAACUUUUCGAAGGCCAAGAACUGA